AUGACUUACCUGGUCCCGCUGUUAAUGUUGAUACUGAUUAUCACAUCGCAUAAGUGCGAGCCUAGCUGUCCUGAAAAUGUGGCAGAACUCGCACCCAACGUAUGCUUAUUUCGCAACGGUUCAGUCCGCUCAUACUGCGAAGCACACAAAGUUUGUGCGGACUAUCACGAGCUCCACGGUGUACACGCAUUUCUAAUUGGAAAAAACUCGCAUCUUCUCAAUGAUUUCGACCGUGAUCAGAUGACCGACUCAGAUACGUUCACCAGUAUAAACAGCCUUUAUCGUGCCAGACUACAUACCGGAGAACCAUGGCGUGUGGGUGAAGGGGUGUAG